UGUCAUUUGUCAAUUGUCAUUAAAUGACCCAGACAUUCAAUUGAGUUGAGUUUGAGAAAAUUUCGCACGUUUUAACUAAAUAAAUAAAAGAAAACGUAAACUAUUUCUGCUCUAUAUAAGGUUGAUUAAGACGUAAUCGAGACUACUAAAAUAUUUUUAGGUACGAAUUAUAUAUCCAAUGUUUAUUUAGAAUUGUGCUAAAUUGCGAAGUACAAAAAUGAAGUUGAUAACACAUAACAUGCUUACUUCGAAAUGCUUGAAAGGUGUAGUUACUGGGUAUCCACUUGCUAUAAAUGCAACUAAUAUUAAAAUAACAGAAGUUGAUUUCAAUCCCGAAUUUAUCGCUCGCAUAAUACCUAAACUAGAUUGGGAAGUUCUUUGGAGAGCAGCUGACAGUAUUGGACACAGUGAUGGCCUACCUCAAACAGUUGAACCAAAAUUUGAAGAGAAUAGUGAGUUCUUAAAGAAGGUUCACAAAGUCUUACUUGAAAUAGAAAUAGAGGAAGGAAAUUUAGUUUGUCCAGAAUCAGGCAGAAGAUUUCCAAUAUCAAAAGGAAUACCAAAUAUGUUACUUACUGAAGCUGAGGUACAAUAAAUGUAGUUUAAGUAAAA